AUGUAUGCUACAUUAUAUAACUUUUUUAUUUCUCAUAAAAAUAUCAAAUUUAACAUGGGAUUGGUUUGUACAAUGGAGCAGCAAAUACUUAACAAAGGUAAUAUUGUAGGAUUUAAUGAAGGUAAAGCAUGUUUUAGAUCAGGUAUUCUUAUGAAUCUUAAAUCAACAGAUGUAGAUAAAUUAAUCGAUAAAUGUUUUAAGAAAAUUAUUAAAGAUUUAGAGGUUUAUGUAAAAAAUGGAAGUGGAUGGUAUUUUAAAUAUGUGGAUCAACUUGAAAUUAAUAUUGUUGAGUUUAACCCAUCUAAGGGUUCAUCUUAUAUCAAACUUCCGGAGUGGAUAUUAAAUAAAAGAGCGAUUGUUAAUAUUCAAAACAGAGAUGACAAGUGCUUUCUUUGGUGUGUACUUAGACAUCUUUAUCCAAAAGAAUCUCAUGAUGAAAGAAUAACAGAUUUAAAAAAGUAUGAAAAUGAACUCAUUACCCAAGGAAUUACUUUUCCAAUGAAUAUAAAAGAUAUUUAUAAGUUUGAAAAGCUUAAUCCUAAAAUUCCAGGUAUUAAUGUUUUUUCAGUUGAUGAGAAAAAUGUAUUUUAUCCACUUAGAAUGGCUCAAAGAGAUUGUAUUAAUACCAUAGAUUUAUUUUUGUACGAAAAGGAUGGAGUUAGUCAUUAUUCACUAAUCAAACAUUUUAACCGUUUUAUUAGAUCUCAAAAAACUAAAACUAAAACUAAAGAUGGUAAGAUUCAUAUUUGCAAAAGAUGUUUUUCGCAUUAUACCAAAUUAGAGCUACUUCAAAAACAUAUCAAAUAUUGUUCUACCAAUGGUGCAGUUUCUGUGAAAAUGCCAGAACCAGGUUCAAUGUUAUAUUUCAAAAAUUAUAACAAACAACUUCCAAUACCUUUUGUAGUUUAUGCGGAUUUUGAAUGUUUCACAACUCCACUAAAUACUUGUACUCCUAAUCCAAAUAAAUCUUACGGCUACAAUUAUCAAAAACAUGAACCAUCUGGAUUUUGUUAUUAUCUUAAAGGAAUAACAGGAUCGUUUAAACCAGUUACUUUUACCAAAACCAGUGAUAGUGAUAAUGUAGCAUUAACAUUUGUAAACAAAAUUGUAGAAUUAACAAAAGCUAUUUAUGAUAAAUAUUAUCGUCGUCCUCGUCAACUCAUACUUUCAAGAGAUGAACAACAAUCAUUCAAUAAAGCAACAUCAUGUCAUAUUUGUCAUGGUUUAUUAAACGGUGAUAAAGUUAGAGAUCAUUGUCAUUUUACAGGAAAGUACCGUGGAGCAGCACAUAAUCAAUGUAAUCUUCAACGUCGUAAACCAAGAGUACUUCCAGUUAUAUUUCACAACCUACAAGGAUAUGAUUCACAUUUAUUUAUCAAACAACUUGCUACUAUUCCAGGCAAACUUAAUUGUAUUCCUUCAACUGAAGAAAAAUAUAUUUCUUUUUCAAAACAUAUUCAAGUUGGUGAGUAUAAGGUUGAUGGAUUUGUUAAACCAAUAACAUUUGAAAUAAGAUUUAUAGAUUCAUUCAAGUUUCUUCAAACAUCACUUGCCAAUCUUGUUUCAAAUUUACAACCGGAUGAUUUACAUAAUACUAAAAAAAUAUUUAAGAAAAAUACAUCGUUGCUAACUCGUAAAGGAGUAUACCCAUACGAUUAUGUUUCAUCUCUAGAUAAAUUCUUAGAAACACAUCUACCCCCAAAAGAGGAAUUCUAUUCAAAGCUAAAUGAUGAAGAUAUUUCAGAUAAAGAUUACCAACAUGCAAUCAGCGUAUUUAACACAUUCAAAUGCAGAUCAAUUAGAGAUUAUCACGAUCUUUAUCUCAAGUCUGAUGUACUACUACUUGCAGAUGUAUUUGAGAAUUUCCGAAAAACUUGUCUCAAACAUUACAACUUAGAUCCAGCACAUUAUUACACAUCUCCCGGAUUAGCUUGGGACGCAUGUCUCAAAACAACAGGCCAGCAUUUACAGUUAUUACACGAUUAUGAUAUGUUAAUGAUGUUUGAGAGAGGUAUACGUGGAGGUAUAACUCACAUAUCAAAGAGAUAUGCAGAAGCAAAUAACAAAUAUAUGAAAAAUUAUAAUCAUGAUAAACCAUCAAGUUAUAUUCAAUAUCUUGAUGCAAAUAAUCUAUACGGUUGGGCAAUGUCUCAAAAUCUUCCAACACAUGGAUUCAGUUGGAUGAAAAAUAUAACAAAAGAAAAAGUAAUGGACAUCCUAGAUAAGGCAAAUUAUAGUAUGUCAAAUCGUGGUAAAAAAGGUUGGAUAUUUGAAGUAGAUUUGGAAUAUCCCUCAGAGCUAUGGGAUUUACAUAACGACUAUCCACUUGCACCUGAAAAUAUAAAAGUUAAUGGUGUAGAAAAAUUAGUAUGUCAUUUUAAACCCAGAAAAAACUAUGUUGUACAUUAUCGAAAUCUUAGACAAUAUCUUGAGAUGGGAAUGAAGAUUACUGCUGCUCAUAGAGGUAUAUCAUUUUACCAAUCUCCUUGGAUGGAGCCCUAUAUAAGAAAAAACACUGAACUUCGUAAAAAAGCAUCUAACAGUUUUGAGAAAGACUUUUUUAAAUUAAUGAAUAACUCAGUUUUUGGAAAGACAAUUGAGAAUAUAAGAAAGAGACAGAAUAUAGAAUUAGUUGAUGAUCGCCGCAAAGCUGCAAAACUUACAAGUCGUCCAAAUUUUGAUAGAGCAACAAUAUUUGAUCCUAAUCUAAUUGCAGUUCAUAUGAAGAAUACAGAAGUGUAUUUUAACAAACCAGUAUAUGUAGGUCAAGCAAUUCUAGAUUUAUCAAAAACUCUAAUGUUCAAUUUUCAUUACAGUUAUAUCAAAGAGAAAUAUAAAUCAAAAGCUGAGUUAUUGUUUACAGAUACUGACUCGUUAAUGUAUCAAAUUCAUACGGAUGAUUUUUAUGAUGAUAUAUCUAAUGAUAUAUUAGAGAAGUUUGACACAUCUGAUUAUCCACCAUCACAUCCGUCUGGAAUACCAACAGGAGUUAACAAAAAAGUAAUAGGAAUGUUCAAAGAUGAAGUAGCUGGUAGACAGAUUACUCAUUUUAUAGGUCUUAGACCGAAACUUUAUACAUUCAAAAUAGAAGAUGGAUAUACAUCCAAAAAGUGUAAAGGUGUAAAGAAGAGUGUUGUUAAAAAAGGAAUUGAUUUCGAGCAUUAUUUUGAGUGUUUAUUCACUGGUGAAAAGCAAAUGAGAACUAUGAAAAUAAUAAGAAGUGUUAAUCAUGAUAUAUAUUCAAAAGAAGUAAAUAAGAUAGCACUAAGUAGCGAGGAUGACAAAAGAAAGGUUCUUAAAGAUAGAGUUAAUACUUUGGCUCUUAGGUAAAAUAUAAUUAACUUUAAGAUAAUAAGUUAAUAAAUAAUAAAUAAUAAAUGUACACAGAAGAUCAAAUAAAAGAAUAUCUUGAAAUAUUACAUUCUUUUACUCACCCACCACAGAAUAUAGAUAAUAGAAAUAAAUGUAAAAAUUGCCAAAGUAUAAAUUUUUUUAUUAAAUAUGGAAGUUAUAUUUGUGAAGAUUGUAGAACAAUGAAUGGUCAUGUUCUCGGUUAUUUUGAUCUAAAGGAGUAUGAUAGAUUUCAUUAUAGAAAAAAGAGUAUUUAUCAAAGAAAAUACCAUAAUGAGAAAAAGGUCAAUCAAAUUUCCAAAAGUAUUAAUUUAAAUAAAGAUGAAAAAAAAUUAUUAUACUUACAUUUAAUGAAUAUUGAUGAUAGUGUUUCUAAG